AUGGUCACUCCUAGCAAUUCCGGCCCAGGCGGCCGCUCGUCCCAGUCGGCAUCGGCAGCCAGGCGCAGACCGUCGGCUGCGCGGCGCACAACUGGGAUCCGUGACGCCCAUGUGAAGAAGCUCAGUGCAAACCAAUGCCCAAUAGGCAGGAUAAUCGGGAGGGCCAGAUGCUCUCAAGACUCGGACUGCAAAUGCCACAGCCUGGAAGACAAGCUCCGCGCUGAGCUCCUGGGCCUGGCGACCCGUCCACUUGGCGAGCCAAUCCGCAUGACCCUGGACUCGUUUACCUUUGAGCCCGCCGACGCAGACCAGGUGGCCUUGUUCUUCAACACAUACGGUCACCUCUACCACGUUCGCAAGUUCACCCUCAAUGACAAUGUCGUCAAACUCGACACUCCCGAGCAGAUCCUCGUUGCCAUCAAAAACCUUCCCUUGCUCGAGGAGAUCUCCUUUGCCGGGGCCUCGCUAGGCAUCUGGGCUGCUUAUCCCCUGGCGGAAGCACUGCGGACCAAGACGAGGUUGCGCCGUGCUGACUUCUCCAACUGCUUCGCCGGGCGUAAAACACCCGAGAUCGCCCCUGCGCUGGACGCCCUCGUCUCGGCCUUCCUCGAGCUGCCCGCCCUGGAGUCCAUCGACCUCGCGGACAACGCUUUCGGCCCAGACGUCGAGUGGCCUCUUGCCCGGCUCGUGCGGAGCCACACUCCACUUCAGAAGCUCAACCUCAACAACCUCGGCCUCGGGCCCGAGAGCGGCCCCGCGAUAGCCAACGCCCUGGUGACCCUUUCCAAGAACAAGGACGUCGCCGGCGCGCCGCCCCUGCGGGCCCUGCUGUUGAACCGUAACCGCUUCGUGCAGGACGACGAGGAGCCGCUCCCGGGCAUGGCCGAGUUGGCGGCGGCGUUCGCGGCGCACCCGCGGCUGCGGACCGUCGACCUCGGCACCAACGGUAUCCGGCGCGAGGGCAUGGACCUGCUCGUUUCGGAGGGGCUGGCCCGCCUGAAGGAGAUCGAGGAACUUGACCUGCAGGACAACAACAUCGCGGCGCGGGGCGCCACGCACACGGCGCUCGCCGAGGCGGUCUGCGGGUGGCCCAACCUGCGGGUUUUCAACCUCAACGACAGCCUGCUGGGCUCGCGCGGCGCGGCGCUGCUGAUCGACGCGCUGGCGGCCGUGCAGCCCAGCAGGUUGGAGUCGCUCAAGAUGGCGGGCAACAACCUGAUCAGCGCCAACACGGCGGCGCUGGCGGGGGCGUUCACGCAAUUGUCGGAGCUGCGGGAGCUGGAGCUUAAUAUGAACAACAUCCCCGAGGACGACGAGGGGUUCGCCGCGCUCGCGAGGCUGCUGCAGGAGAGGAAGGCCGAGAGGGGUAUCGAGACGACGAUGGACUCCCUCGAUGACUUCGACCAGAGUGAGCCAUCGCAGUAG